AUGGAUUCAAAUGUCCCGAUAAUCCGCAUGCUUCCUCGGGAUGUGGCAGGGCAGAUUAGGUCCUCAUCAAUCGUGACGAGCCUCAACAGUGUUAUAGUUGAACUUAUCAAAAAUUCUCUCGAUGCCAAUGCAUCGGCGGUCAUGGUGAACGUUGAUUUCCAGAAAGGCGCUUGUACUGUGGAAGAUGACGGCAUUGGGAUACCUCCAAAUGAAUUUCAUGAAAAUGGAGGCCUCGGAAAGUUACAUCACACCUCAAAGUUUUAUACCACAGGCCAAGUAUAUGGUCGCAAAGGCAUAUUUAUCUCAUCUUUGAUAUCCAUGGCCUUAGUCACAAUAACAUCCCAUAAUAUUUCAUUUCAGGAAACAAAUUCAGUCAUAUUCCGACAUUCAAAACUUAUUUCAAGGCUGUGUCCGGCACCCAUUCAGCAUGACCUCUUACACCCCCAGCAUGGCACAAGAGUCGCCGUAAAUGACCUUUUUAGCAAUCUCCCGGUCCGAGCUAAACGCCGCAUACAGGAUCUUCGCAGAAAUGAAGAUAUUGACCGCGAAUGGGAUGGCCUGAAAAGAGCGAUAACAGGACUUUUGCUUGCAUUUCAAAAGCCGGUCAAGGUGUACAUCGUUGAUGCAUCUAGGUCACGAAAACAGAUUUUUCGAGGUAAAGGACGGAAUGCCCUUGACCUUCGGCAGGUAAUAAAGGAUGAAGACCAACAUUCUUUUGAUUUGGAUCGUGUGCGUUCAAUUCUGGGGAAUGCAGGAUAUAUUACUCCCUCGGAUUUUUCGUCAUGGGUUGCGGCAUCAGCCCGAAGCUCCGAUAUCUGGGUAGAGGCUGCAAUAUCUCUGCAACCUGGCCCAACGAAGCAGGUACAAUUCAUUUCAUCUGGAAUUAACCCAGUUGAUCCCCUUGGAGACGCAAAUGUGCUGUUCUCUGAAAUCAACCAGUUAUUCGCGUCCUCUGACUUUGGACUGGAGCAUUCUUCUCUUGGUGUUAGUGGUGGGAUUAAAAUGGCUACCGUAGGGGAUACAGAUGCACCCACAAGUUCUUCUAUCAAUAUGAUAAAGACCAAAUCCAAGGGUGUCAAUAGAUGGCCACAGUUUUACGUCCAAGUUUCCACAACUCAGACCAGCUGCAUUGAUUCGCAGGGCUAUGAAUCCUUUCAGCCCAAAAUAUCCAUCCAGAAACUUCUUGGAGUUAUCAAGGCGUUGUUUCGCCAGUUCUUAGAACAAUACCAUUUCUUAUCCCGGCAUCCGCAAGGUAUUAAGGGGGGUAGACAAGACCAUUUGCCUGGGCCUGGCAUUCCACAAUCUGCACCAACCCAAGCUAAACGUCGGCAUGACGAAUCGUCUCCUAGAAGAAAGGACUCUACUACUUUUGAUAAGUGGAAAGGUCAUCCCGUGGAGCUGCAGCCGUCAGACGUCAAGGCACUCCCAUUUAAGGAUUUUGGAUCGUGGUCAAGGGUUAAAGGCGCAAGAGGAGGUUUUUAUGAUGAUAUCUGCGCAGGUUUACCGAGAAGUAAAUCCCAACCAGCACUCAAGAGGGAUACUGGUAUAUGCGGCAUCAACCCAUCUUCUCCAACCCCUGAACCUGCCCCAGAACAUGGAGGUGAAAGCGUUGACCAGACACUAUCUGAUACCACAGACACGGAAACAAUUACAGAAAUAGGCCCCGUAUACGAGCAUUCUACACCACCCUGUCCUAUAAAGCCGCAAGAUGAGCUAAUGUCUUGGACGGACCCUCUAACGAAAAGGACCAUAUACGUCAACAAACGCACUGGGCAGACAGUACCACGCAAACCCGAGGUGCUCAAGCAAGCUCCAAAUAGCCCAUCCACAGUCCGACGGCUUACGGCUAUCUACCCCUCAGGAAAUGAUGACCAGGGUCAGAAAAGGAAUGAAACAUCCCAUUGGUUUGACUCGCUUUUCAAAAGCUGGAAGAAUCCUACGUUCCCAUUACCAGAACUUCCCAUUCCAUCCACGACAUCGCAUAUACGCUACACUGAAAAGUGGUCCUCAAAGGUCACCACAGAUUCCCAUUGUCUAGGCUGCCAGAAUCUCCAAGGUGGUAGUACACUGGAGGGGCUGAUGGGAAGAUCUGGCAGCCGGCUCAAUAAAUGUGCCCUCAAAAAGGCAACAGUCAUCGCUCAAGUUGAUCAGAAGUUCAUCUUACUCCGGACCUCCCUACUUUGCGAGGGGAGAAAGGGUGAGGAAGCCUUAGUGCUGGUUGAUCAACAUGCUGCUGAUGAGAGGUGCCGCGUGGAGGAAUUGUUUGCUGCACUCUGUAAUCUCUCACCCUCUGGUAAUGUUGAUACCACUAAUCUACCAACACCCAUAAGCUUCAGGAUACCAGCUCAGGAAGCAAGAUUAUUCGAAGCACGCUCCGGGUAUUUUUCUUCCUGGGGCUGCCUGUAUCAAGUCCUAAGGGAGGCAGAGGGGUAUUAUUCCCUUGUGGUGAGGGGCUUGCCAACUCUAAUAACUGAACGAUGUCGAGUAGAGCCUAGGCUUGCCAUUGACAUGCUUCGUUCAGAGAUCUGGGAUCCAACAGAGAUUUCCAAACCAUCUAUCAGAUCAGCACUGGAAGAGUGUGGAAGCCAGGGAUUUACUGAAAACGGCCUCGGAAUGGCCGAAACCCAUCACUGUUGGCUGCAGCGCAUCAGCGGUUGUCCAAAGAAGAUGGUUGAUCUGAUAGUCUCCCGUUCAUGUCGGUCAGCUAUCAUGUUUAAUGAUGUGCUUUCCGUAUCUGAAUGCCAGAACCUUGUGUCUCGACUGGCAAAAUGUGCUUUUCCAUUCCAGUGUGCCCAUGGCAGGCCAUCAAUGGUACCGAUAAUAAGCCUGGGAUCCAGAAGUCAACCUGCCGGUUCAAUGUGCAGCCCUCCUGAAUUGGGCACAUCAUCAUCCCUGGAUCAUAUGACCAGCACAAGUCAUCCUGAUUUCGAACCAGCAGAACCCUGCUCGGACUUUGUCAUUGCUUUCAGCAAGUGGCAGGACGAUUCCCACUUGACAUGA